CACUUCCGUUUCUGAUCAUUUACUUUCAUUAGCUCAAUAUGUGAUUCAAAGGUCCAAAUUUACCCCUUAUUCAUGGAGGAAGCACAAAUAAAUAUUUGAGGCCAAUAACCCAUAAGAACAACUUUAAAGUAGACAUCAGUUUCUAGUGAUUAAAUAAUUUGGCAAGUUAUGUGAAUGGGGUCAAAAGGAGCAGUUGCCUGACUGGUCUACAACUACGCGCUAUAAUGCAAAAGCGCGCUCGCAGUAGAGUGAAGCGAGGACGCGCACAGCUAUAUCCUGUGACUGAAAGCAUCCCGACUUCAUUCACUUCGGAGAUCACAGGACCGCAGGGAGCUGAAAUCAAAUUCUUCUGUGGCUGCAAAGCGGGGAACAGUUUCUCUUUGUUGAUAACAUGUAUGCUUAGUACUUAAAAAACUGCUCAGUUAGUUUAGGGUAAUUCAAAUUUGGCGAAAAAUUGGGCGAAAAUUCAUGUUUGGCGAACAAUUUGCAACAAACUACCAAGUGGCUCAAAUGCUGCAGGCAGCAUACCUGUGAGAUUUUGGACUGGAUUAUAAGGAGGACAAAAUAGUGGAUAUUACUGGAUGUGUGGAUGUAAAGAAGUUCCUAUCCUUCCAUCAGCACCUGCUCUCUCUGUGCCAAAACAAACAAACAACAACAACAAAAACGCCUGGACUUACCAAUGGUGGGCUUUCUGCGUCAAACUAGACUGAAAAUGGUUGUGAAACUCGGCGAUUUGUGGUUUUUGCAUUUGUGACUUGAAGGCUUGGUCACUCUUUGAGGAAAUUCACUGGAUGCACGACUACUCUUCUAGCUUUAUUUAGGAUUCAACAGAUUAUUUGACGUUUCAAAAGCACUUUCAUUGAAGUUGUGGAAGUGGUCUAUUCUCCCGAGGGAUGGUUCAAGGCUUUCGAGAUCAAGGAGCGACAGCCCGGCUCCUCCAGUGGACAUUCGCCCCAUCCUGGUGUCGAUGCAGAGGAUCUGAGAGGAGAUGAAAGUCGCAGUCUACCACCUCCUCGCCGGCUUUCUUUGUCUGUUACGCACCGCAGCUGAGGAGUCUCCUCUCCCUCGGGAGCUGCUGGAGCGUCUUUCUCGCAGUGAGAUCCGCAGCAUCAGCGACCUCCAGCGGCUGCUAGAGAUAGACUCCGUAGAGAACGAGGUGAUUGGGGAGACCAAACAGAGCUACUACAAGGACUUCUCUCACAGCUUCCCUGACCAGAAGAAAGCACAUACCCACACAAGAGAGAGGAGGAGCACCGUGGUUGAAGAGGCAUUGCCAGCAGGGUGCAAGGUGCGCACAACAAUAUAUGAAAUCCCCAGGAGUCAGGUGGAUCCCACGUCGGCCAACUUCAUUAUCUGGCCUCCCUGUGUCGAGGUGAAGCGUUGCACUGGCUGCUGCAACACAAGCAACAUGCGGUGCCAGGCGGCUCGCAAACACCAUCAUACUGUCAAGGUGGCAAAAGUGGAGUACGUGCGGCGGCGGCCGAAGCUGAGGGAGGUACAGGUGAGGCUGGAGGAUCACUUAGAGUGCAUGUGCACCAACAAACGUCACAUCAGCCCAAACUCAGACACAGACAAUGGCAUCAGGUGAAGAAGUACAGAAAGAUGGCGGAGCGGAGGAGAUAAAUAGACAAAGACCUGAAACAGAAAACAAGAACUGCUCAUAACUUCUUCACCAGCUGCCAGUGGCAAGUUUAAUGAAGCACAUGGUGUCUCAGCAUUUGUGGGAGUCUUGAUGGAGAAUAUUUGACUCGUGUGGACCUCAAAUAUACACGUAGGUGUUUGCUUUAAAAAAAAAAAAGCAUCAAACUUUCAAAUCCAGACAUGGAUCCCAAGCA